AUGUAGAAUAAAACUAUCUCUAACUUAGCCAAUGGGUAGAACAAUUUAUUCCUACAUAGAAACACACCAGACCAACCAAUUCUAGUUAGCAACCAACUAAUAGACUAAUAUAUUUAGAAAUCUGCCUAAUAUAUAUUUAGGAAUCUGUCUAAUAUCUACUUAGGAAUACGAAUAUUUUGUAUUUUGUCAACUCCUCUAUUAUAAAUAUAUCUGUCAGGACUCCAUCCUUGUACAAGCGUGAUGGGCUAACCCACAAGCAUGGCGGAAUACGGGAGAGGAGAUCGAACCGCAGCGAAUUGUCAGCCCCUUCGCCGAUGCUUGCAUCGGGAGGAAGGGACGAAGAAGAAGGACAAGAAGAGGAAAUCGCAGAAAGCAGAGAAAAAUGAAUGGGAGAAGGAAGAGACAGAUAGAGGAAAAUUGACUCAGCAGAAAGUGAAGGAGACGGAGAAGAGUCGCGUAGCAGAAGGGGUAGAGGCCACUCGUCGACGCUUAAGAGAAAGAGCUAAUUCCGGCUUGAAGCUCUUCAACCGGGAGAACGGAACCUGUUUUGAGAUGGUGGACUUGUUGAGUUGGAGCUUUCCGAUUGGCAGAUAUCCUGACUUCCACAGACACAUGAGCAUCACUGCUAAGCUUCCCGAAUGGGACUCUCCCAGGCGUUGUUUCCUUGAGAUUAAUGACAGUCCCAACCCAACACACUGUUUUAUCAUUCAAGUUGAUCCCGAAACAGCGAACAAUUUCUGUUCUUGUUGUCACGUAGAUUAUAAGGUCCUGCAUCCGCCCUCUGGUGGCUUUCGCAUUGGAUGGUUUGACUACCCAAAGGGUUUCACAGGACCUCGCUUUCCUCCAACAAUGAGCGCAAUGAGGAAAUUCUUUUUCAAAAAGUCACGCUUCUAGUUACAGGAGCCUCAAUCCUCGUUAAUUUAUGUUUGUACCUUAGUAUUUAUAUACAGUAUUUGUAACCUCCUCAUAGCUCUGCUAUUGUGCAAGCUCCUAUUUAUCUAUUUUGUACUCCCC